AUUAUACAAUGCUACUUGUGUUUAUACAUAAUACAAUCAGAUAGAAUUCUAAAUCUUUUAAAACUUUUUAAAGUAGCGGUAUUUUAUAAAUUAAGACGAUAAUGAACUAUUUUUAUUAAAAAUAGAGCGUGUUCGUUUUAUUUCUUGGGUUUAAUAAAGUGAAAUAACAAAUCAUUAAAUUCUCUUAAAGGAGGAGCUACGUCGAUUAUGUCCGAGGUUCAUAUGUACGAAAAUCGUCAACAGUCCAGUAGCACACUGUUAGUAAAGUUGUUGUUUAUUUUAUUGAUCGGCGAUCGCUAUUUGCUCGCGUCGAGUGAGGAAGGCGGUAAAAUCAUAGGGGGAAGAAAGGCCAGAAAAGGUGAAUUUCCAUCAACAGUUUGUUACGAUGGAAAUGCGCGAUGUGGAGGCACACUAGUGACGCUAGACAAAGUCAUUUCAGCAGGACACUGUUUUAAUAUAGAUGGAACGCUCGUGGACGCGUCGCAGGUCAUAAUAAUCGCAGGAGUCGUCAACUUAAAUGACAAGUCCGGCUCAAAACAGGAAUCGGUCGUGAAAGAAUACAAAAUCCACGAGAAAUUCGAAAGACGGCAAUUACGUUUCGGCGGCCAUUACGUCCUUUACGACAUCGCGUUGGCGAUCUUGAAAAAUCCGUUCGUCCCGUCGGACACAGUUAAACCCGUCUCCUUCCCGGCAAGUGACCCCGCAGGGAUGCAGAAGUUUGUGCAGAAACUCAGGACAUCAAAUGAGAUCUGCUUUGCAACGGGAUACGGCGUUGUCGCUAUGCAGGGCAAGGAUAGAGUCGUCUCCGACGAUUUGAAAGUGGCCGAAGUGCGCCUAUUGCCGCAAAUCGAAUGCAGGCUGCUUUCCGAAAUGGCUGACUUCGAAAUUUGCGGCAGUGCGGUAAGAGGAAACGAACAAACGGCCCCUGGCGAUUCCGGUUCGACGUUCUUAUGUAGUGGCAGCUUCAUCGGCUUGACCAAAGGUUCUAAAUCUUUCGAUCUGAACGGGAAACAAAUAACCCUUUUGAUUUUUACGCUGGUUGGCCCUAGCAUGGAUUAUUUCGGUCUUACUGGCUCUGUACAAGGCGGGGGAGGCAGUUCAACAUUGCAAUUGCAUCCAGUUAUCUUUCUCAGCUUGCUCAUUACUUCUAUUUACGUUUCGUGGAACUGACGCACUUCUCGUCCUUUAAAAACUGAAAUUUAAUUCAUGUUUCAUAAUAGACCAAUUGUAAAAUUCAAAAA